GGGGUCAACGCUGGCGGGUCAAAACUGCCUGCCAGCGAAAAUGCUGCUGGACUUGUCGGAGGAGCAUAGGGAGCAUCUAGCCUUCCUGCCCCAAGUGGACAGCGCAGUGGUUGCCGAGUUUGGGCGGAUUGCGGUGGAGUUCCUGAGGCGAGGCUCGAACCCUAAGAUCUACGAAGGCGCCGCCAGAAAACUCAAUGUGAGUAGCGACACUGUCCAGCAUGGUGUGGAAGGGUUAACAUAUCUCCUCACUGAAAGCUCAAAGCUCAUGAUUUCUGAACUGGAUUUCCAAGACUCUGUUUUUGUUCUGGGAUUCUCUGAAGAAUUGAACAAAUUGUUGCUUCAGCUUUAUCUGGACAACAGAAGGGAGAUCAGGACUAUUCUGAGUGAAUUGGCACCCGACCUUCCCAGUUACCACAGCCUUGAAUGGCGACUAGAUGUACAGCUUGCAAGCAGAAGUCUUAGGCAACAAAUUAAACCAGCAGUGACUAUAAAGCUACACCUUAACCAGAAUGGAGAUCACAACACCAAAGUUCUGCAGACAGACCCAGCCACUCUGCUCCAUUUGGUUCAGCAACUGGAACAAGCGUUGGAGGAGAUGAAAACAAACCAUUGUAGGAGAGUUGUGCGCAAUAUCAAGUAAUACCAGUUUUAAGGUUUUAAUCCCUUUUGAGCCAUUUGUGAAUUUAUGAUAUACAGCAGUUACUUUUCAAAAUUAAUUUUGUAUUAAUUGAUGGUGAUAAAUACAUCUAGAUUCCAUGCAAUUUCUUUUCCUGUUCCAAGAUAUUGAGGCCAUGAUCAGAAGCUAAAGUAAAAUUCCUUUCCUGGUGCUACAUGUGGUCAGCUUCUUGACAGAUUAAAAUGUAUUUGUAUUUUAAAUGUCUAAAUAUAACUGAGUCAACUAGAGAAGCAUCUGUACUGUUCAUAUCUUCUGUAUAUAUGAAUUACUAUUCUGUUUUUGGUAUUUCUUUUGGCUGCUUAACUUUAUUGUCUUCUUCUUUCUUAUAGAUCAAAAUUUGAAAAUAAAAUUUACAACAUAAUACUAUUGCUAUUCAGAAUAUUUCUAGGUAGUUCAAUAUUUUUGAGUUUUAAAAGCAUCCCACAUUAAUAGCCACAGAAUAAUUGAAAGUAUGAUUUUUUUUUAAAAAAUGCUAUAUUGUUAUAAGUGGUGUAUACAUUUUUCUUUGUAUGUGAACAUGAUAAGUAUUUACCAUAUUGCUUAAGUUUGAGUUGUCAUGACUAAUUGGCUUAAAUAGUACUCAACUUGUGUGAUCAUAUUGCAUUUUAUCAAGGACUGAUUUUUCCCAUAUACCCAAAGCAUCUAAGAGUCAUGCUGUCAUUUACAUUUAUAGACAAUGGAUGCAGGAGGAAUACAAUCAAUUCUUGAUUAUCCAGAUGUGAAUUACAGUCACUUCUUAUAAUUUUAUUUGAAUAAACUUUAUAAUUUUAUUCAAGGGGGGACAGGAAGGCCAUGUUUAUUACAUUACAAGCAAAUAUCUCCUUUUCCUUACAAACUUGAUUUUUGUUUUGUUUUUUAGUAGGUAACCAAAGGUACUACUGGCAUAGAAAACUCAGAGGCUCAUUUGUCAGGUCAGCCUGAGAGAGUGAAGAGACACAGUGGCAGUCUUAGGGAGAAAAUUCAUAUGGAAGGGUAGAAAUGAGGGUUUAGUCUUAACUAUGUAUUCAGGGCCUUGUUCUGAGAGUCUUAUCCCCAUGGAACAACCCCAGAAGGCCUUUAGAACCGUAAAACUUUAAGCUGCACUCUAGGCCCUGUCAACACUUUGCUUCCAAAGAAUUAGAGGUUUUCAAGUCAGAGUGACAUCAUGUUUCUUUCUCUUUAGAGAGGAUAGAGAGCCUAGCAGGGAACAGAGGCCAGUGGGAGAAAAGCACACUUGAAAUUGCCACCCAUUGUCCCCUGCAGGUGUCCGAGCCACCCUUUUCCUAUAGGUACAUGUUCUGCAAUUGUAAAAUAACUAUGUUAUCAUAGAUUAGCAAACUAUAAUCAGAAAUAAUUUUUAAUGAUAGUGACAACUUGAUCAAUGAAGUUCUCAUGUUAAUAACCUCACAAACAAAAGGAAACUUUAUAUAGUACAUGAAAUAGUAGCAUAUGUCAUCGGGUUUAAAAGCAACAUGCCUGCCCAGCUUAUAUGAUGAAAAUGGCUCAGUGAGGCUUCUUACUUGUCCACGUCUGAUGGAAGAUAAACAGGGCUGACCCCAGCCAAGACUGAAUAAUAGCCCUGUGUACCCUCAGAGCAGCCUUUCUUCUACCUCUUUGUCCACUGUUUUUACCCUGAUCAAAACAAGAAAACCAACACUGGUUUUCUGGGUUUGGAGUUUUUUUUGUAUCAGAAUCUCCUGGCCUCCUUUUUCUGUACAUCAUUAUUUCUUCUGUGAUGUUCUGCCUUCUUCACCUUAUGGGGCCAGAGUGAGUUGGGAGCAGGCUCCCUACCUUCUUUUAGAAUCUGGAGCUCACCUUUUACUACAGGACAUUAAAUGAGCCUCCUCCUUUCCUUAUUCAAACAUUCACAUCUUUAUGGACUCCCCUGCCUUAUGUGUUUUAUGGCACAUUUGAUAUUUUUUGUAGCUUAUAUAUGAAUUUUCUGCAGAUGCAGUCACUGUUCUACAAUCCAGUUUGACCCAGGCUUCUUGACUCUGAGUAAUGUACCUUUACAUCUGUAACUAUCUAAAUUUUUAUUAAAACGUUUUGGAUUAUGAGUAUUCUGAUUUUUCAAGAUUGACUGAUGCAGGUUUAGACUUAAGUGUCAUAUCCUUCAUGUCUCAAAGCCAGAAGAGUAACAUCUCAUCUCAGAACAGAGCUGUGGUUAUCUGUUGUUUUUAAUCUCCAAGAGAAAAUACAUAAUACUUCUUUGUAGUUUUCAUAGCCCUUAUGAUGAGGAAGUUCUGUCAGCUGCUAUAUUAAAGUCCUGCUAUAAUUUA